CUGAAGUUACAGCCGAGAAAAUUUACAGUACUUUCCAGUGGCGUUGCUCAAGAGUUUUGGAUUCCAUCUGUCGUGCAUUUAUUUUUGGGGUGGGGCAGUGGCGUAAGUUCUUAGGAUGUCGCAACCUCAGCCUACGCAACAGCAUGAGUUUCCUAUAAUGUUCAAACAGUUCCAGGAACUUCAGCAAAAAAGACGACUUCAGAAAUUAGGUUACAUGGGGCAGCAGAAUCAUGUAGACCAGCUUUGUUUGUUUAACAAACAGACGUCUGGGAUUCAAGUUCCACCAUUGUUUAAUGGAACACCUUUCCGUGACGCACCUAACAUGUUUUCUGUUGGAUUUCCAAAUAGAUCGAUUGUUUCACAAUGUCAAAGUCAGGCUGGAUCUCCAAUGGGGGUGUUACCCCAUCAACUCAAUAUGUCUACAUACGGAAGUCCUGUUGUUCGCCUGGGAAACAAUUUGAGUCCCCACCCUACUCUGCAAGGGCUAUGUAAUGACACGAGUAUCUUGACUGAUAGCAACAUUGUCCAAGUAGAGCUAUCCGGGGUUUCGCAUGAAACCUUCAACAGUUCAUCUAUGAGUGAACAAUCCAAUGCGUCAUGCUUUCACUCCGGUCAUGGUUUCAUGUCAGGCAUUGGUCUUGCUCCCAAACAGGUUUUUCAAGAGAACGUCUUUGGACAAAUUCCUAAUAAGGGUAUGGUUGGAAAGCAAGUGAGUAAAUCGCCAUGCAAAUCAUUGAUGCAAGAAUCUUGUGGUGGCCAAGAACAAGGCAAUGUGGGGGGCAUAAGUGGCAUUGGUAGAACAUCAGGAAGUUCUGAUUGUCUCUCUUCUUUUCCCACUGUUCAAAGUGGUAGCUUGAGUGCCCUUAUGCAGACUGCAGUUGCAGAAGCCUGUAGCAGUGAUACUGGUCUCCAGGAGUGGAGCGGCAUGAGCUUUCAGAACCCAGAAACUUCAACUGAAAACCAGCCUUCUAAUUAUGUACACAGUAGGGGACGACAAAAUAACGCGAUUCAUAAUACCAUGCAGAAUGCCUCGUCCCCUACUUCAAAACCCAAGCUUCUGAGCCAAAGUUAUUCUAUGAACUUCAAUUCCCAGGGUCUUCAACAGUUGAACCACAAGUUUCCAGGACAUGUGGAGAUACACUCUGGUUCUCAACUGGAUACAUCUUGCCUUCACGGCCAAGCUUCCACUUCGGAUACAACGUAUCAAAGAUCAAAGAAGCAUUUGUUAAACCAAUCUCACACGGAUGGAGAUAUUGUAGAACAUAGAACAGGAACUGUCUAUAAGUGCAAAGAAUUUGUCCAAUCAUCUGAAAAGGUCCAGACAAACGCCUCUGAAUUGUCUCUUGCUCCUCCAGAUAAUAGUUCUUCCAUUGCUCAAAGUAGUAUUGGCUUGAGGUUAGGAUCACCAUCUCAAGGGAUACCCAGAUUGCACACAUCUUCUGAAUCUUUAAGUUUGUUUUAUAAUCAACUCCAAAAUCAAAGCCUACCUUUGCAUGUUGGAAGUCAUUCACCACAAGAAAUGUUUGCUACCCAAGACCAAAAAUUUGACAUCAGGAGAUCAAAGAAGCGCAAACUUGACUCUUUUGAUUUCCUGCCAUGGUACAAAGUAGUGACACAAGCUUCACUGAAAUUUCCGAAUUUCAGCAUGAUUGAAUUGGAAUGGUGUCUAGCUUCAAAUAGAAGAAGCCAAAGGGUGGAAAAUGAGGCUGAAGUGCUUCAAGAUUCGGCUCUGAUCCAUCGACCAAAGAGAAGGCUUACCAAGACAACACAGCUAAUGCAACAGCUUUUUCCUCCCUCGCCGACUGUUAUUAUAUCAGCAGAUGCCUUCUCAAAUUGUGAUAGUGUGGUGUAUUUUGUUGCUAGGUUAGCUCUAGGUGAUGCUUGCAACAUGACUUGUGAUUUUCACAUGCAAUCUACUGCUGGCGAUAUGCUAUACGGUAAGGUAGAGGCCCCUGGCAUAAGUGGUGGAAAAGAUUUACUAAACACCAUGGAAACUUUCAUAUGUAGAGCAGAAAGGCUUCAUGCAGAUAUCAUCAGACAGGAAGAACAAGCCUCUUUUCUGGACUUGAAGGUUGAAUCACAGAAUAUGGAGAAACUCGCCACCAUCAAUCGUUUGGCAAGAUUCCAUAGCCAGGGAAAUCCUGCUGCAGUUGAUACAUCUAAAGUCACUCCUGUUGUGCUAAAACCAGCACCACAGAGAUCUGUUGUGGCAUUUCCUAUGCCCAAAACCGUGCCACGAGGAGUUAAGUGUCUCUCUCUAUGAUCAUUUUGCUGGAAAAGCUAAUUAACACUGAUGAUGUGCAGGAGAAAAUAACCUUCAAGAUAAUUUUGCUGUAAUUAAGUACUCCGGGCAUGUCGGGCUUGAGAUAGUUCUAGUAGUUAGGAAAUAAAAACUCAGUUGUCUUUUGAAGAAGCAGUUAGGACUUAGGAUGUCCAUAUGAAACCCUAGUAGCACAACUAUCACCAUAUAAGUGGGUGAAGAAAUUGUCAUCUGUAGUCCAUUUGUUGUCUCCAAGGAUCCUCUCACAACCCCGUGAAUGUGUGGUUCACUCCAUGGGGGAUGCCUCGUUAAAAACUUGCCGAGGAAAAAACCCAUGAGGAUGGGAAAAAAUCCUCGGUCAAGAAAAGAGUACAUCUCGU